AUGGAUACAUCCCCUGAAGGUCGCAUUGGAAUAGGCGGAUUCAAAAUGGCACACACAGGAUGGCUAACACUGAUGGUGCCUCCUAGGUCAGGUCUUGGGUCCAGGGCAAGUCACAAUGUCAUUGUGAAACAUCCAUUCUACAGGGUGGAUCUUCCAGGAAUGCCUGCCUCCAGUACAGAUUUUAAAAUUGGACGCUUUGCACUUGCGGACGAGUUGCCCAAGCUAUUUCAAGAAGCAAAUGUCCUAUACUGGGCGAAAGCUCUAUUAGGUCUUGUCUAUGACUUCAUUGACCAUGCUGUGGCAGGCACAUCUGAGCCUCUGCCAUUCAAUAUUCCACGUGUGCGCUUCAUUGAAGCUGGGCUUGCAAUAUCUUGCUAUCAAGGUAACAGCAAGUCCACAUUGAAGACCAGGUCAAUCCGUGCAGCUUUCCUCCUUGAGGAGGUCAUUGAUAGUGGGGAUGAGGACUUUAUCAAGUUUAUUCAUAAUGGCGACCCCAACCCAUUGCUCAACCCUGAACAGUAUGGGUACGACUUUGCAUUGUUUCUGGCCUUCACACAACAUGUACGGUAUGUGAAGACAGACAGGCUGGUCUUCAUCUCUGACUAUCAAGGUAUGUCAUGUUCGAUGACCUGA